AUGACUAAGAAAGGCAAUACACCGUCAAAGAACCGCAAGGCCGAACGCAAGAAGAUGGAGAGAGAAGCUGCUAAUGCUGCCGCAGCCACUGCUGCCGCAGAAACGACCGCCGCUACUGCCGAAGCGUUUAACCGCACCGUAGCCGAAGCACUUGUCUGGGGCAAUAACAGUCCUGACAACGCUUCGGAUAAGGAUGCAACUACUCCAAUUAAGGAGACUACCCCUGCAGAAAGAGCCCGAGGGCCAACUAUUGCCUCAACCUCGAAGCUCGCUUUUUCGAAGCCAAGAAGUGAGAAAAGGGACACGUUUCAAGACGCCCCAGCUAAUUCUUCUGAUGAAACUCAGAAGGAAAAGUCCUCAAUUACAGGGGACAAAGACGAAUCUCAGAAGGUACCUACACCGGAACCAGAAGAGGAGGCAAGCUCAAGUGGCAAACCCGAAUCUACGUCCGAGACCACUGAGCCAACGCGCAUAAGUAAGUUAACGACUAAAAACACUGAUCUUAAGAAUCAGUUAGCCGCUCUUAUGAAAGGCAUGUCUGUUGAACAUGUAGAUCGAAUGUAUGGAUCAGGAAAGCACGCACAGCGCUUACGCGAGCAUGUUUCUACGGGCACUACUAAAGCCCUACAGACGUGGACAAAACGUCAGCAGUCAAUGUCGCCCGAAAAGCGAAUGGACCUGAGCGCCAAACUUGUAGCAGCUGACCCAGAUGGGCUCAGCAUGUCUAUACUCUACGAGGACCUGCCACCAGAAGUCCAGGCUAAUUAUUCGCCUGUUCUUUCGCCAGGUCAUGAGUCGUCUGUCCUUGAGGGUAUUAUAGACCCAGAGGCAGAUAAGACUGGAUAUGUCGUCCAUACGGAGAUACCACCGGAAAUUAUAAGGCCAACGCCUAUCCCAGGAACAGAGCACCGAAGGGCCUCGACCAUGGAUUUUACCCGGGGUAAUAAACACCCUCGUAGACGUGUUAACGACGUCGAAUUUAACCGUUUCGAUCGCACCGCCUUGGACCGACCCGCAGAGGAUUUCUAA